CUACAACCUCACGUCUCUUUCACAUGAAAGACACCGAACCCUUUUCAGCUGUCAUUCAGGGCGCGUAUUUUGGGAUCAUGCUCUGUUCAUUUCUCAUCUGACCUUUUCUUUUCUUCUAUUAUUAAUAUUCACGUUCUGAUUCUCGUUUUCUGUCACUACUGCAAAUCAUUCUUCGCAAUCAAAGAAGAGAGCGAGUCGAAAUGUCGGAAGCGAUUCCCAUCAUCUUGUGCGGUAAAUCGCCUCAGAUCGCAACGGGAGUUAAGAAUAGUCUCAUGCCCGAAUAUGAUGUCAUCCACAUAAUCCUCACUCCCUCCGCCGGCAUCACAGAAAUCCCCUCUAUCCUCUCUGGCUCGGACCUCGACUCAAACGACAACAUCGGAUCUCAGAACUACUCCAAACCGGCCCAAGCCGUAGUUACGGGCGCAGGAUACGACGAGGAAGCGGUGGAGAAGAUGAGGAAAGCUUGUUCGGCGAAAGGAGGAAGUCGGGUGCCGUGGUUGAGACCGGAUACUAGUAUUCCGACACCACCGCUAGGACCGAAGUAUGGAGAGGCGAUGGUGAGGAGAGUGAAGGGUUGUUUGAGAGAAUUGGAGGAGGAGGGGAGGAUGGAGGGUGAUGGGGUUUAUUUUUACUAGUGUGUUUUGCUUUGAAUUGUGUGUUGGUGCUGGGUAUUACUUUGGCAUUGGUCGGGAAAGUCGCAAAUUGGCUCACUGGACGACAUGCUUGCUGUGUUUAAUGAUUCUCCUGCAACAUUCCCCCUUUUCUAAUGAUAUUGUUACGUGGCAUUGUUCUGACCUGGACUUUUUCGCUCUUUAUUUCCAUUCUUACUCGAGAACUAGGACAAAGAGAUCUAGUGAGCUGAGAGAAAAUUAUUUUUAGCAAGUCGCUUUGUGGUCCUAUUUUGUAAGCUUAUUUCUGGUGUACAAGUGUAUUGUGCCCAUAUUGUGUGGGCUUUGUUAUGUCCAAGUCAGAGGACGUGUCCGGAGGCACGUGCGGC